CAGCUAUCAACAAGCGACGACAGUGGGUGUGUCACUCAUCCAUUGACCUCUCAUCCCAGUUAUCUCCGGCAAGCCGGUGAAACCACCACCGUCGUCAUCGCCAUGGCAGAUUCCGAUGCUGCCGCCACUCGCCCUGUCAAAAUUAUCGCAGGCGCCGACGCCUUUGGCUGUUCUCUCAAAGACGCUUUAGUCUCCCAUUUACGUUCCCUUAACAUUGACGUCGAAGAUCUCGGUACCUCCUCUUACUACUCAAUAGCAGCCGAGGUCGGUCGCCGCGUUUCCGAUUCUUCGUCUUCCUCCUCCCCCUCCCCUGAUAUUCGUGGCCUUGUUGCCUGUGGCACUGGCGCCGGCGUCUCAAUCUUCGCCAACAAAUUCCCGGGGGUCUUUGCCGCCACUUGCCUCAACCCCUCUGACGCUCGCAAUGCUCGCUCCAUCAACAAUUCCAAUGUCCUCGCCGUCUCCGGCACGUCCACCUCCCCUGAAUCGGCCGUUGAAAUUCUGGAUACCUGGCUCAAUACUCCUUUCAAAUCCCCAUGCCCUGCAUCUGACAACAAGCCAUGGCCUGAUGAAAUUCAAUCGUUUCUCGACAACGCGCUGGUGGAGAUGCCCAAGAUUGGGGAGGCAGCGCCAGUGGUGGAUACCUGUGCGGUUUGUUGUUUGGUGAAGAACCGAGAACUGAAUCCGAUUGAUAUGAUUCCAGGUGGAUCGAUGAAGAUUCUGAGAGAAACCCCCACGUCGGCUUUUGUGAAGUUCAAGGCGGGGAGCGUGGAGCCGGCGCAUCACCACACCUUUGGUCACGAUUUGGUGGUGAUCGAGGGCAAGAAAAGCGUCUGGAAUUUGAGCAAGAAGGAGAGAUACGAUUUGACUGUUGGGGAUUACCUGUUCACUCCGCCUGGGGAUGUGCAUAGAGUGAAAUACUACGAGGACACUGAAUUUUUCAUCAAGUGGGAUGGCCACUGGGAUAUGUUCUUUGACGAGGAUCUUGACACCGCUAGAAACACCAUUGACAAGGAGAUCGCCGAUAAGCCUCCGGAAUUCUAAUGAAAGUUAUGGCUUUCCAUACAAGGAGUUUUGCCGAUGAGCACCAUGGACUCUAGAAGCUAUGACACUCUCUUCGGAGACAGUCCGCCGCUUAUGAACCGGGGCUCAAAUGAUGAUCGUGCCGGAUAGGAUGUGUUGUAUGAUGCAUUAGUCGCUCUUGCUGUGUUUUCUUCUCAUUUUCGCUUUUUGUAACCGAAAUAAUAAAUGUUGUUUCAUCGUUGCUUUGAGGCUGCCCCUUGUUUUCUCUUAUUUGCCUGCAUUUGUGUUCUGCCAAGUCCCAAGGUCAAGUCGUUCGUUCCAAACAAUUUAAUUCUGUUGUUAUUAUUAGCAAAAAUUAAUGUUUUCGUCCUUCAAA